AUGGGAUGUUGUAGUGGUGGUGUUGUAUGGUGUAUGGUGGUGUAUGGUGUAUGGUGUAUGGCUGACUAUCUGGAUGGAUUCGGAGCCAAAGAAUUUAGGAGAGGGAGAAUGAAUGAAUGCGAGUGUGGUAACUUGAGAGUAGUAAGUUGUAAGGUAUUGUGUGUAGGGUGUAAUGUUUUUGUUAGGUAA